UCAUGCUGCUGCCAGGUCCAGAGUCUCUCAUGGGUCCCUGUACGGCCUCCCAUUGCUGCUGUCUCCAUCGCCACACUCUGCCAUGUGCCACUUUCAGGUCUCCUCACACUGCUGGUGUGUUGAAUUUUUUGACAUAGGGUGCUGGCAGAUUACGGGCCUCCCAUAGCUGCUGCCAGGCCCCUAAUCUGCCAUGGGCCCCUAUACCGCCUCCUCAUGCUGCUGCCAGGUCCAGAGUCUCUCAUGGGUCCCUGUACGGCCUCCCAUUGCUGCUGUCUCCAUCGCCACACUCUGCCAUGUGCCACUUUCAGGUCUCCUCACACUGCUGGUGUGUAGAAUUUUUUGAC